GCCUUCCGGUGGCGGCCGGAAGUGGGGCGGUGCGCGGCAAUAUGGCGGCGGGGUGCGGGCGGCCUGUAGCUGGUGGGGCGCUCACGUUGCUGCUGUCGCUGGGUGCAUCCGGGCCCGGGCUGCUGUGGGGCUCCAUCGCUGCUCAGCGCUGUGCCCUGCGGCCGGCAGCACUGCGAGCCGGGGAAGUUCACAGGCUAGUUACCUACGUCUUUGUCUAUGAAGACCUGAUAUCCUUGACCUGUGGUGCUAUUGUCAUCUGGUAUUUUGCUGGCAGUUUUGAGAAGAGCGUUGGCACUGUGAAGCACUGCUUCUUCACCGUUGUGUUUGCCAUCCUGACUGGCCUCCUGUACCUGUUACUUGAAACUGUUGUCUCGAGGGUGUCAGAAGUGGAAGAUGCCAAAGGAUUUGUGCCUGUAGCUUUUGCUACACUGAGUGUGUCAACCACCCGCUCACGAAUGAAGCGGGCUCUUUUCUUUGGAUUUAGAGUUCCAGUGGUGCUCGUGCCUUGGUUUCUGCUCUUUGUGGCCUGGUUUAUCCCCCGCUCUUCUCUCCUGAGCAACCUGUGUGGGCUCCUAGUUGGGAAAGCCUAUGGUCUUGGCUACUGUUUCUGCUUGGAUCUUCCAGAGUCAGUGGCCUCUAGGCUGGAUAAGAAGUUCCCUUUCAGUGUGUUAAAGAGAAUACCAGGGCUAAAAUACAUCCCGGGGUCCUCAGCUGAGAGGAGAGCCACUGAGAGCAGCAAGAUUACCCCACUGGCUGGCACAUACCCCACCCAAAGCUACUACUGCGCUUCACCUUCGGCUCUUCCAGCCUCCCAGAUGCAGCACCCUGGUGUUCAGAGCCAGGGGUUUCAGGAUGGCUGCACGCCAGGACUUGGCCAUGCUUUGGGACACAUGGGAUCUCAGCACAGCAAUGCAAGAUACAUUGCAAUGCAAGAUGCUUCUUCCCCCUACCAUGCCAGAGGUGCCUCUGCAGACUGCUACAUUCAUUCCCACACUGGAGUCUCUCCUGGACAGUGCUGCCAGUCAGGCAAGUUCUCUGUGCCACAGCGUGUGUGCUUGACUGGUCCACAGGCACCUGUUGGCCUGGACCUCCUGCCUGGGGUUCAGGAAGCAUCAGGGGAUCCAGCAGCCUCAGCAGCUCCUGUUCCAGCUGAGCUUUCAAAAGUUCAGGUGUACUGAUCCUCCAGAGAGCAGCAGGACUCGUCUAGCGUGAGAACACAAUGUGAUGUUCAUGGAGCAGCAAUUGCUGGCAUUGUUGCUGUCUCUGGGGUGACUACCUAAAUGGUUUACUUUAAUUCUAUUUCCUUUUAAUUUUGAUACUACUUUUAGCACUGUGGAGGAGAGGGGACUGGAUUGCUUCUCCACAUUUCUAAUUCUACUGAAUACUUUGCUCAUCGUGGUGUUUAGCAGCCUUCUUUUUCCACACAAUAACUACAGGUACAGAGCCUCUGUUCUCCGAUUAAAGGUAAGAUGGAAGCUAAUAGUCAAAACACUGGUCUAAUCUGGGAUUGAGCCAUGCUGCAGAGGUAAGGAUACAUCCCAUUGAUGCCAAGGCUUUUAGCUUCCUAUCUUGUUUACAUGUGUGGUGUAGUUUGGACACAGGAGAGUGUGAAAGCCUUAGUUUAUAACUUAGCGUUUGAGUGAAGAAGUCUUUCUCAUUAGUGACUUCUUCACUGAAAGUACAUAUUGAAGGGGGUUUAUUAAGGCAGGGCUGGGACAAGGAGAACAGAAAAAAGACGACCUUUUUCUGUCCUCCAAAACCCAUCUCUUAAAUACUGAAGUGCAAUCUGUACAAUCUGCAACACAUUGUCUUUGUUAUCUCUGAUAGCUCUGCACUAGCCUUCAUAGCUCUAAUAAUCAUUUGAGUUGGAAGGGACCCUUAAAGGUCAUGUAGUCUAACUCCCCUGCAUUGAACAGAGACAUAGAUCUAGAUCACCCCUGCACUUGUCAGUAAGGCAGCCUCAAAUGUCUAUGAAGUACUGGAAGUGUCUUCAGUAAGGGAUUUUGGCCGUUUGUACAGUGAAUCUGCAUAAAAAUCCAAGAAGUUGAGAGGAACCUUAAGAGUGGAUUAUAAGAAUCACCUGGAAUGUAGCUGUUGCAUUGAGGAUUGUAUGGGAAAUUGGUAAUCACAGCCUGAACCUCUGAUUAAUCAGCUGAGGCAAGUGUCGGGUCAGCUGUGGGAGCACAGGUGAGAGUCAUUUAGCUGUGCUCAUG